UGUGUAUUGACAAAAAUUUGACGGAAAGCAUGCUGACGAAAUUCCUAACCUUAUUUUUCAACUAGUUAUUUUGUUUUCCUCAAUUUUGUAAUUUAUUAUUUUUAUUUUCGACCUAUUUGAAAUGAAUGAAUCUGUAGAAACCAGGGACAUAAAUGCCAAAAGAGUAGACUAUCUGGAUUGGCAGGAGUAUUUCAUGGCCACAGCUUUUCUAGCUGCGAAAAGAAGCAAAGAUCCGUGUUCCCAGGUUGGAGCAUGUAUAGUCAAUGAAAACAAUGUGAUAAUAGGAAUAGGAUAUAAUGGAAUGCCUAAAGGUUGUCAUGAUGAUGAUUUUCCCUGGGCGAAAGAAUCAGAUAACUCCUUAGAAAAUAAAUACCUUUAUGUGUGUCAUGCCGAAUUAAAUGCGAUCCUCAAUAAAAAUUCAGCUGAUGUGAAGAAUUGUACCCUUUAUGUUGGUCUGUUUCCAUGCAAUGAAUGUGCCAAAGUUAUAAUCCAGUCAGGCAUAACAGAUAUCGUUUAUAUGUCUGACAAACAUUCACAUAAAAUACACACAGUGGCAUCCAAACGUAUGUUGGAUUCAGCCGGAAUCAAAUACAGACAAUUCGUACCAAAGCACAAGAAGAUUGUGAUUGAUUUCACUGAAAUAAAUUGGAACGAUAUGAACCAGCUCCCUCAGACUCCUCUCAAAAACAUAUGUGAACACACACGUAAUACCCAGGUGAAAAAAUGAAGAGAUUGGAAAGUUGGUGUCAACAGUACUGAUUCAGAGAUGGAAUAAUGAUAAGAGGCAGAUUUUGUCAUCAUCAGACAAUUCAAGAUAAAUUGAAAUUGUAUUUUCAAGAAUAAUAUUUAAAGAUUCCAAUGAUUUCAGGAAGGAAACUGAGAUGAUUCUUGAAAUGUGAUUCAAAUUGAGUAUUUUUUCGUGAAUCCUAUUUAUUUCUGGUCAGAUUCAGUAAUUUGUUUGACAUCAUUAUUUUAAUGUAAAAACAUGUUUAAAUUUCAAGAAAGUGACAAGUUGGGAAUAUUUCAUACUAUUCAAAUCUCACUCAAGUUUCAAGUUUUCAUUAGCAUAUAUGUCUCUAUUAUCUAACGAAAGUAAUACUGAUUUUAUAACUACCAUUCAGAAGUGAUUCAAGGCAUUCUGGUCUUGAAAAUAUUUUGAACAAGGUUCAUGCACACAAUAACAAUUACUUCAAAUACUCAUCUUUUCACCCUACCGACUUUUUAUGGCAAUCUCAGAAAGUGGUUAUCUACUUUAUAUGAAUCUCAGAAUUUUUCAAAGUCUCAGCUCAAUUUUCAAUUGCUAUUUAAACAAGUCAAAUUUUUUCAAUUUGUCAACACAAAUAAAAAAUCACAAAUUCAUAAAAUAUUGCUUUAAAUGAACGAUUCCUCAUCAAUAUAUUGCCUAAUAAAAAAGAUUAUCACUUCAAGCUAUGCCUUACCAACAUUUUGAUUAUUAUUGUUAUAUUUAUUUGUUAACAAAUAAGAAUCUGAAUGUAUACCUUCACGCAUGAAAGUUUAUGUACCACGAAUUUUUUAUAAUAAAAAUAAACAUUAUUGACACCUUU